AUGAAAAUUAACGGUAAAUGGUUACGUAUCGAUGAAGAAAUGCUAUCAAAGCAUCCGGGUGGUAUUGCCAUCACAGCUUAUCGAGAUGCGGAUUCAACAACAGCAUUUCAUGUAUUUCAUGCAGGCUCUAAAGUGGCAUAUCAAUGGCUUGAAAAAAUGUCAAUAAAUAGCGUUGACUAUGAACCCUCCAAAGAACAGAAGGAUACAUCGAAAAUGACAUCAAUGGUUAGUAAUGAAGUAAUUGGUAGUUUGAAUUUGGAUGCUGAACAUGUUAUAGCUAUUAAUCAAAACUUUAAUCGCUUCAGAGCACAGGUACGAAAUUUAGGACUUUUUGAAGCAAAAAACACUUUUUUUAUUCGUAAAAUAUGUGAAGCGAUAGGUCUUUUGUUAUUAGCAGUUUUGCUACAAGUUCAUCAACGUUUCAUCUUAUCUGCUUUGGUCUUAGGAUUAGCUUGGCAGCAGUUAGGAUGGUUGAUUCAUGAAUAUGCUCAUAAUCAACAUUUUAAGAAUCAUUACUGGAAUAAUUUGGUAUCAUACGUGGUUGGAAAUCUUCUCCAAGGCUUUUCAAGUGGUGGUUGGAAAGAACAACAUAAUAUGCAUCAUGCGACUACAAAUGUAAUCGGACGUGAUGGUGAUAUUAAUCUAAUGCCAUUUUGGGCUGUUAUACCUUCUGAUUUAUUAGAGCUACAAAAUAGUUGGGUGCUUAAGAUGAUACCAUAUCAACAUAUUUAUUGGACAUUAUGUUUUCCUUUUUUACGACUUUCUUGGCUUAUACAAUCUAUCAGUUUCGUUAUAAAUAUGUCCUCUAGCCCCUUUGAGGUCCAUCGAAAAAAUGCAACAAUCGAACGACUGACAUUAUUUAUACAUUGGUGUCUAGUAUUACUUCAACUUUACUUCUUGCCAACACUGCAAAUACGGUUCACUUAUUUCUUAAUAUCCCAAUUAUUUGCAGGAUUUUUGUUGGCUCAUGUAGUUACUUAUAACCACUACUCUACAUCGAAAUUUCAAUAUGAUGAUCCAAUCUUAAAAUGUUAUGCUUGUCUUCAACUUCACACAACCAGAAAUAUGCGUCCAGGAAUAUUUACUGAUUGGUUAUGGGGUGGACUCAAUUAUCAAAUUGAGCACCAUUUAUUUCCAAAUAUGCCAAGGCAUAAUUUGAAGAAAGUGAUGCCAUUAGUGAAAGAAUUUUGUAAGGAAAACAAAUUGCCCUAUAUGGUCAACGGUUACUUUGAAGGAUGGUGGAUGGAAAUUCGACAGAUGGCCAUCAUUGCCAAACAAGCUCAACAGUAUUUGACUAGAAAAUUAUGUAUUCGAGUAAUAUGUAGAGCACCAUUAACUACUGACAAAAUUAAAAAGGGUAUAUCAAAUGAAAGUAUGGACAAAUUUACUAAGAUGAAUCAGAAAAGUAGUGAUAUGCGUCUGAAAAUUGAUGGUAAAUGGCUACUUUUGACCAAAGAUUUCCAGCAAAGGCAUCCAGGAGGAAGUGUUAUCACACAAUAUAGAAAUGCCGAUGCAACGCAAAUUUUUCACGCAUUUCAUGAAGGCAGUAAAAUUGCAUAUAAACAAUUAGAUCUUUUGAAAAAACGAAAUUGUAUUGAUACAUUGGAAGAGAUAAAUGAUAAUAUCGACGGUAACAACUGCGCCGAUGAAAUAAACGUAUCAUCUUAUAAUCUUCCAAAAACAAAGGAAAAGCAAAUACUAGAUAAUUUUGCUACACUACGAGAAGAAAUUAUUUUUGAAAGACUGUUUGAUGCGAACCCUCUUUAUUAUGUCUAUAAGUCUUUUGAAGCAUUUGGCCUAUUAUUGUUUGCCUUCAUCUUACAGUACUAUACAUGGUAUACAACAUCAGCAAUGGUGUUAGCAUUAUGUUGGCAGCAAUUUGGUUGGUUAACUCAUGAUUUUUGCCAUCAGCAACCAUCUAAAAAUCGCAAAAAAAAUGAUUUUUUAUCACUAAUUUAUGGAAAUAUUGUGCAAGGAUUCUCACGUAGUUGGUGGAAAGAAAAGCAUAACACUCAUCAUGCUGUAACAAACAUUGUCCGGCAGGAUGGUGACAUUGAUCUAGCUCCUUUGCUUGCAUUUGUUCGAGAUGAUCUUAAAAAAUAUCAUUUUUUGAAACGAAUCAUUUCAAAGGUGAUUCGUUAUCAACAUUUAUAUUUCACAAUUAUGCUACCUUUCUUACGUUUUUCAUGGACAAUACAGUCAGUAGCAUUUGUAUUAUGUGCACCACAGAAUCAGUAUAAGCAACAUGUCAUUAACGCGUUUGCUGAACAGCUCGGCAUAGCACUGCACUGGUCAUGGGUCAUUUUUCAACUUUGGCUUCUUCCAACAGCAGCUUUAAGGAUUUUAUAUUUUAUUAUUAGUCAAUUAGGCGCUGGUCUUCUUAUUGCUCAUGUUGUCACUUACAGUCAUAACUCGGUUGCCAAAUUUCCUUAUCAAAGUCGUUUACUCAAUAAUUUCCCAUGUCUUCAUAUUUUAACGACACGAAAUAUGCGACCAUCUCCAAUCAUUGACUGGUUUUGGGGUGGUCUCAAUUAUCAGAUUGAGCACCAUUUAUUUCCAACUGUACCACGUGCGAAUUUAUACCAAGUAUCACUGAAAGUCAAAAAGUUCUGUGAUGUGAAUGGUCUUCCAUAUUUAGUGGAUGACUACAUGACAGGAUACAAAUUAAUACUGCAUCAACUAAAAAGUAUGGCUGACUCAGUCAGCAAAAUUACCUGUACGUAA